AUGGCGUCCCUCGCAGCGCCGGCGGCGGCCGCCUCAGGCUUGUCCCGCGCGCCGCCUCCGUCCUCCACACAAGGUCCACCCCCGGCAUCACCCACACCCGCCCAAAAUGCCGGUCCACACCUGCUCUCGCUCAAAGUGAUGCGUGCGUCCGCCCCCUCCCUAGUGGUUAGCGAGAAGCCGUACUACGAAGCAUCUGAGGACAACUCUCGCAAUCCACUCAUCGAGGCUGUAGGGCAAGGCAUCCAGGAUGGCCUGUCGCACGAUCUGCUCUCGAAUCGGUGGGAGGGAGUAUCCUCGUCCUCGGCGGCGGACAGCUUCCCCAUCAGCCCCCUACUCGUGCUGCCGAACUCAUUCGGUACGCUCUACCUCGGUGAGACAUUCCGCACAUACCUUUGUGUGCGGAAUGAAUCCGCGACGGCGGUGCGCGAGCCAAGCCUGCGCGUCGAGAUGCAGGUCGGCGCCUCAGACCCCAACGCAGGCGCCUCGACCGACUCAGGCCGCUGGCACCAGCUCGCACACGUCAUACUCCCCAACCCCACCCGAUAUGAGCCCGACCCCACCAUCGAAGAUGAUCAAGGUCGGCCAAUAUGGGAGCUCGACCAGGGACAAGCACUCGAAACGUCCCUCGGAUACGACAUCAAAGACCUCGGCCCACACGUCCUCGUCUGCACCGUCGGCUACAAGUCUGUCUCGCAGCAGGACGGAGUGGAAGUGUGGACAGAGAGAAGUUUUCGAAAGUUCUACAAGUUUGCGGUGGACAGAUCUCCGAUCAGCGUCAGAACGAAGGUGCAUCAGCCAAGACACGCCAGUUCGCUUUACCAUCCGGAGGCAGCGGUGAGGAAGAGGGUCGAGCUGGAAGUCCAGGUUCAGAAUGUGGCCGGGAACGGAGCGAGUUUGGUGUUUACUGGGAUGGCGUUGAAGAGUGCGCCCGGGUGGAGGUGGACCAGUGUCGACAGGCCGACUUUGAACAGCGGGGGCGAAACAGAAGACGAUCGUGCAGGGAAAGGGAAGGGCGCGGACAUGUGGCUGUACAAGGGGACAAACGAGCUGCUGGGCGAUGGAGACAUUCGACAGUACCUCUUCACCCUCACGCCCUCCCAAGCGACCUCGUUGACAGACGAAGUGACGAAGGGCGGGAUCGACCUCGGCGUAUCACCCGACGGCCAUUCGAUCAAAGGUGAUGCAUUGGGCCAUUUGGACAUUAGCUGGCGAAUGUCACUUGGUGAACCGGGUCGAUUGCAAACGUCACAACUCGUUCGACGGCGCGUCGCCGCUCCACCUGUCACCGUCUCCAGCAGCACGACGAAGCUCGUCCCGCAACUGCGAACGCAGCUUACGCUGCAACCUUCUGCGAUCGAUGCUCUGCGCACCGUCCGCGUCGGUGAAGCCAUCGGUCUGGACAUCGACCUCACCAUCUGCGACGUCUCCUCUCACCUCCUUCCACCACACACACCCGACACCGGCCCACCAUCACAACCCACCGCAGACGAAGACGACGACGACACGCCUCUAUCCGAGAUCGCCUCGCCUCGCGCCAAACCUACCCCCACCGCAGCAAUCGAACGUCUCUCCGUCCGACGCACGCUCUCACUCGCCCUUCAGCACUGCGUGAUCUCGCCCCCGCCCCCGCUCCCUUCCCACACCGCUCCACCUCCUCUCCCAGCGGCGCUGGGGGACGACCGACCCUCGACGCCACGCAAAACACCCACACCCAGCCGAACCUCCACGCCCGUCUCAUCGGCACUCACCAAAGUGCGGUUGCAGACGAACCUCUCGAACCUCGUGCGCAAUAGCUCGUUGUCGUUGCGACCGCGUACGUCGACCGAUUCUGAAGGUGCUGGUCGGAGUGGGUCUCCUGCUCCACCUCUGCCGCCCAAGGUGGGGUUGGCGGAGGCGACUGUGGUGGACGAGAAGACCUCACAGCAAGGCGAGGGGGAGAAGGAGGAGAGGGCAGCGUUGCCAGAGCCAACCGUAGCAUGGGAGAAAGUGGAAUCGCAGUACAAGGUGCACAUCGAGACGCAUGCUCAGGCGCUUACACGGCCAACGGGACAUGUCGAGAUCCCCGCGUCCUUCUUGCCGACGCUAGGGGUGCAGCAUUUGGGAUCGUCCCUCGUGCCACUUCCGCCCGUGACGCUGGAGAUGCACGCCCUGCGCAGUGGGUCGACGUUCUUCCGAUCCACCGAGGAGGGGACGAAGGCAGAGCAGACGGUGCAAGCAAGACUGAGUUAUCUCCUGGAUGAUGGGCUGGCGGAAGUGGUGCGGUUUGGCGCAGUGAGAGUGCUGCUUUUGGGCUGGAGCGACGAGGUGGUGGAUGAGAGGGGCGAGAGGAAGGAGGAGAAGGGGCAAGGGGUGACGGUGCUGCAGGAGGUGCUGGUGUUGGCUGAGACGCUGGUCUCACAUUGA